ACAACAAUAGUCUCACUAUCAUUAAUCGUAAUGAGAUGAAUUGUCGCGUUAGGUAAGCGCGAUCUUAUAAAUUUAAACGCGCGGAUCUCACGCAAGCGACUUUAAUAUUCACGUUGAAGUCGUGGAAGCAACAUGACACGAAAAGAUGUUGUUUUCCCGCUAUUAUGCUGCAUAGUAUCUUCUCUUGCUUUCGUUGUCGAAGAUUGUGGCUCGGAGUUAGGUAAGUUUAACGAGAUAUCGAUCUCGAGCUGUGACUUGUCCGAAGAAAAGUGCUCGAUAAUCCGUGACAGCGAGAUACAUGUGUCCAUGAAAUUUACACCAAGUGAAGAUGUUUCGAAAAUCGAAGCGCGCGCAUUUGGUGUCUUAGCCGACGUGCCUGUGCCUUUCCCGCUAGAAAAACCUGAUGUAUGCAAGGACUCGGAUUCUGGGAUUAAUUGUCCUUUGAAAAAAGAUCAGGAAGCUGAAUACAAAGCUUCAAUUUUUGUGGAUAAGAGUACUCCAGCGUUGAGUCUUGAAGUUAUGUGGGAGUUUAGAAAUGAAAAAGAUGAGAAGAUAAUAUGCGUAAAAUUUCCGGCGAAAAUUAAGUAAAACGUAACUGGCGCUUUUAUGGCAACUAUGACAGAUUAUUGCUUUCCAAUAUUGAACAUAUUACCAGUUUUCAUACAAAAAAAUAUAAAUCCCGCUAUAUAUUUUCAACGCACAUUUCGACGCAAAGCACAUUGAUUAAAAUUAUGGAAUAAAUAAACGACAGAGAAAUAUCUCUCUCUAUAAGACAGAGUAUUUUAAUAGCAGAGCUUUUAAAAUAUAUAAACUAUACUGCGUUCACGGAGAGAACAACCUCGCUUUUCGUCCGGUUCGGUCAGAUCCCGCCCGAUCGACCGCCCAUUUUGCCCCCUCUAUGCUGUCAAUAUUGGUCUUGCAGCUUGCAGAUCCGGCUAAUUGACAAAGGAGACCCGCGCAUUCCUUAAUGAAUUCUUUCAAACAUUAGAAAGUUAAUAUGAUCGAUACGCAUACGGCAUUGAAGUAACGCGCUGAAGUCUCUCACCUAAUCCCCACUCCGCCCAAAGCUGCGCGAAG